AAAAGACUGACUUAUAUUAAAAGAUCUAAAAAGCGAGAAGCAUGAAAGAUGAUUUUAAAUCAUUAUAAUUAUAUCAUUUUUACUCCACUGUCACUAACACCCGGGUAAUUCUACUAACAUUUCAACAAUUUCAAAAGCAUCAGUGUUAUUUCAUAUGAAGCGAAAUUAAUUCCAUUAAAAAAUCGGUAGAAAUACUUAGUCACGAGGGAAAUCGCUCCGACGUCAUAUUUGUUCAGCCGUUUUAAGCAUAGUCGUCGAGUUCAGCAAAUAGAACCUUUUCACAAUAAAAUAGCGAAGCGGUAUCAUAAUUUAGGUACUCUAGUUAUGCAUCAGCAUAAUGUGAUAAGGUUAUAUGAUGAUUUACGUAUGAUUUAGUUUGAUUAAUUGUACUUUAUUGAUCAGUUUUACAUCGACAACAUGACGUGAAACUCGUAUUAACAGGAAUGUGAAGUGUAAGGUGUAUUUGGCUAUUUUUUAUUUAAAAAUGAACAUGGAACGUUACCAGACGCCUUUUUUAAAUCAGAUAUUCGUUGCGAGUGGAAUUCUCAGCACGAUCCUGAGUUGCGGCCUGGGACUGGGGUUUCUAGCUGCCUUCCUGGACCAGAAUCUUUUACAUGACAAUGCGAGACAUGUCGAUAACAAAUCAAUGCGUUUUAUUGAAACUGCCGGCGAGGUGGCGUUCGUACCAUCCAUUCUGAUAAUACCCUACAUAAUGCAGAAGAAAGGGCGUCGUUUAGCGGCCAUUGCGACCAUCCUGCCACUUCUAUUUAGCUGGUUAAUCAGUUUCGACGCCAAGCAUUUCACCGGGCUCCUAUUGGUUAAUAUUCUUCACAAUAUCUCACUUGGUGGCGCCGCGACGAUCAGCAGUAUCAUUAUUUCUGAAAUAUGCAGCCCGAAAUAUCGAGGAACGUUUCUUAUGCUUGAAACGGCUAUGAUGUCUUUAGGUGUAUUACUAAGCCAUAUUUCAGGAAUAUAUUCUUGCUGGGAAUUAAUUUCUGCAUUAGGGCUUUUAACAGCUUUUUACGGACUAAUAGUUUCUUAUUUAUCACCAGAAAGCCCCUACUGGCUUAUAAGUAAAGGUCAUAUGGUGAUGUGCGCAGAAAAUUUUCACUGGCUGAGAGGACGCGAUCAAGAAGCGUGCAAGGAAUUAGAAACAUUAAUGCUGACUUAUAAGAUUCAAAUUCAAUUGGAGGCAAUGAAGCCUGUAAGGAAAUUAGGCGUUCGAGAAAAGAGCCUGGAUUAUCUACGGUCAUUAAUAAAAGUGGAUUUCCUGAAGCCUCUAUCUAUAAUGAUAUUGCUGUUCAGCUUCGUAGGUUUUGGAGGUGAAAAUUUCGUUUCAAACAGCUCUUUUAGAAACAUAUUUAAAUUAACAAACGGGAAAUACAUAGGGACUAUUAUUUUAGAUGUUCUUGCUUUAGUAUGUUCAUUAACCGCUUGCGUUUUGCUGCAAAUUGUUCAAAGGAAAACUUUAUUUUUAUUUACGGGAUCUUGUUCUAUUCUAUUUUUAGGAUUAACGAGUUUGUGCGUUAUAAUGCAGUCGCUUCAUUUGUUUUCUAAGGACUAUUUGUGGUUGUUCUUGACUGUAGUCACAGGUUUUGCAAUGUUUAUGUCUUUAGGUACCGCUGCAUUACCGUUCUCGCUUCUCGGUGAGAUAUUCCCUAUGUCAUACAAAGGAGUAGGUAGCUCUUUAACAUGUGCGUACUUAUGGGCAUUCGGAAACACAAUUUUGAAAUUCAUUCCAUCAUUGACAACUUUGUUAGAGAUACAUUGGAUUUUAUUGUUGGCGAUUAUUCUCAUGAUUUCUAUAUUAUUUUUUAUCAAUAAAGUACUGCCAGAAACAGGAAUGAAAUCUUUGGUAGAAAUAGAACAACUAAUGAAAAGCGGAGAUGAAUAUGAAGCAGUGACAGUAAUAGAAGAAGAAGAUAAUCAACAAUUUGAUAGGCUUCAACUAUUUUUGGUAUAAUAUAAAUAUCAUCGUUCCAUUUUAAAAUAAAUAUCGUCCUACGUCAAAUUUGAUCGUGACGUUAUUUUAAAAAUGUACAUGA